CACGGUGUGCAGAAGCGAUGGGAAGCGCAUUUGCCUGCGGUAAUUCGACGGCACGAUCACGGAUUCUGUCAUGCGCACUUUCCCUAAGCUUAUUGCUCGUAUGCGUCAGCACUGACACAGGAGAGGAAGAAUGCGAACAGCCUGGAACUCACCCCUCGAGUGGGAAAGCGCCUACAUCAGGAGCUCUACCAGUUACUGAGAAGUCGUGCAAUGUUUCGACCAUCGAUGUGGGAAACAAUGUGCUCGUGGCAAGAAGGUGCUCCUGCUUAGACAGCGACCAAAUCGCUUACUACUAUGACGAAUCCUACGAGGACGAAGAUCCAGGAGAGGGCAUUCAAGUCUCUGCCAGGAGCGCCGAGACGCCAACACAAAGCGAAGUGGAAGCAAACACGUCGGCGGACAGUAGCAACGCAAGCCUUUCCGAGCCCGUAAAUACCUCCAUCACGACGGAAGCAACACCGCGAGGCGGAAUAGUAGUCAAAAAUGGAACCGUAAAAGAUAAAACCCCAUGCCUGCUCUCCAUAAAAAACUACGGAGAAAGCAUAGCAGUUGGCGUUUGCCUCAGUGGGAAAUGCAAAAGGGAGAAUCUGACUUUUUACCACCUACCAACUACCCGACGACCUGUGCUAGAUCCUUAUGCAUUCCACUGCAAGGUGAACAGGACGUUUAUAAACCGCAAGGUUGUGCACUACUACUACUACUACUACUACUACUACUACUACUACUACUACUACUACUACUACUACUACUACUACUACUACUCAUCCUAUGCAUAUUAUUGGCGACUGUAA